AUGUCAAACUUAGGCCAAUUUUUAUACAAUGAGGCUAUCAAACAGUUACAAAUACUCGAAAAUAAAUACAAGCUGCAUAAUAAAAAGUCAUCGAAAGCAGCAAAGAAGAGUGUCACUGACCACAUCAUUCACAAAAUAGCCAAUAUUGUUUGGACAUCGCAUACAGAUGGCUCAACCUCUACUACUACUGCUUCGCCCUCUUCUUCUUCAAUAAGUACAUCAACAUCACCAUCGUCAACAACAUCAGAAAAUGCAUUAGAACUACAAAAACGAACCGAUUUUGAGCCAAUAAUAUCCAUGUUAGAGAGAUCAGCUAGAGAAUAUCACAAUAAUGACGCAUUAUUAUUGCUAGCAGAGUUAAAUUUUUUCUCUAAAUAUACAUAUCCAAGAAACUAUCGACAAGCUUUCGAACACUAUCAAGCAUUAGCAAACAAAGGCAAUGCAACCGCACAGCAAAUGGUCGGUUUCAUGUAUGCCACCGGAAUCGGCAAUGCUGUCCAACGUGAUCAAGCGAAAGCAUUACUAUACCAUACAUUUGCCGCUCACGGCGGAGACAUUGCUGCCGAAAUGACAAUGGGAUAUCGUUACCUUUUAGGUAUUGGUAACGAAAAAUCCUGCGAGGAUGCUCUUUACCACUACAAAAGUGUGGCCAGUAAAGUAAUUGACUACUAUCUGUCAGGACCACCGGGUGGUCGAACCCCUCCCUUACCAAAAGUACGACUGAGCGAAGAAGAGGGUGGCAUUUACGGUUAUGGUGCAAGUAUGAUGACCGAACGAAGAUCUCGACAUUCAGUAUCCGCUGGAGGAUCGGACAAAUCUGUUAGUAUUGAAGAGAUCUUACAAUACUGGCGUUAUUUAGCAUCCAAGCAAGAUAUUGAUGCUCAGGUCAUGUUGGGUCAGGUUUAUUAUAUGGGUACACGGAAUAUUCCUCGCAAUUUUAAUGAAGCAUUUACUUUCUUCCAUCAAAUUGUUGAUAAAGCCUCUUCAAGCGGGAAAAUUCCUUCGAGAAAUAGUAAAGCAGUGGGACAAGCGGCUGGUUAUUUGGGUCAAAUGUAUUGGCGUGGUGAAGGUGUCAAAGUGGAUGAGAAGACAGCCUUUCGUUAUUUUCAGAUCGGUGCUGAAUUGGGCGAUGCGAAUUCGCAAACAAAUUUGGGUUCAAUGUAUUUGAAUGGCAUUGCUGGUGUGGCGGUGAAGAAUAAAGAUAAGGCAAUUGAAUAUUUCAAAAAGGCAGCGGAACAGGAGAAUCCCCAUGCUCAGGUCAAUUUGGCAAUAGAGUAUGCCCAAUCAGAAAUGACAUUGCCUUUGGCCAUACGGUUGUUCACGAAAGCAGCAGAUGCAAAACACUUGUUGGCGUACUGGUAUUUGGCACAAAUGAAUGAACAAAAUUUGAUACCUAGGCCUUCUUGUACUGUGGCUGUUUCUUAUUAUAAAGCAAUUGCUGAGAGAGGAGACUGGCUCAAUCCCACAGUUGAAGCAGCUUAUAGUGCCUAUAAAAAUGAUGAUUUAGAGAGUGCACUUUUAUAUUACAUGCUGGCAGCCGAAAGAGGAUACGAAAUCGCGCAAUCCAACGCUGCGUAUCUUUUAGACAAAGACAAAAGAAUGUUGGAUCAUCUGCCCUUAUUGGGAUCAGUGGACGAAGACAUAGAUGGACAGCAUAAACAUCAGAGGAAGGAUACCAUUCGAGGCAUCAAUGAGGAAGAGUCAGCCUUUAUAUACUGGAGUCGAUCUGCUAAUCAAAAUAACAUAGACGCACGUAUUAAAUUGGGUGACUAUUAUUACAAAGGCAUCGGCACGCCUGUUAAUUUCGAAAAAGCAGCGGCAUGUUAUCGUUUAGCAGCCGAAAUUCAAGGAUCACCUCUAGCAUUCUGGAAUCUGGGUUGGAUGUAUGAAACUGGCGUUGGUGUAGCCAAAGAUUUUCAUUUGGCUAAACGUGCUUAUGAUCAAGCAUUAAAUAUUGAUCAAGACGCGUAUCUGCCCGUGAAAGUAUCGCUUAUCAGGAUGUACAUAAAAUACUAUUGGAAUUGGAUUACUGGGCGCGAUGUAGGUACUGCACUUCACUCAUAUGAUAAUGAUGCCAACAAAAACAGCAGAGAAAGCGAUAGUAUGACAGAAUUCAAGAAAUCGUCGGAAUAUGUGCGAAAACAAGUAGAAGAAGCUAAUCGACAGAAGAAUAAGCAACAGUACGACAUCGGUGAAGAAAUGGAACGUCAGUAUAGAUUGAAGAAACAGAAAGAAAAGGAAGAGCAAGAGAGAUUAGCAGAUGAUGACCCCUUUCAUUCCGAAUCAUCUUACAGUAUGGACGGCUACAAUGAGGAAGAUGAACUGUUCGAAAGUCUAUUGAUAUUGAUUUUAUGUCUGCUGGUCGGUUAUUUGGUCUAUGUCAGACAGUUUCGUUUUGGAGGCAAUUUGAACAAUAAUCAGAACAAUAACAACAACAAUAAUAAUCGUAACAAUUUCAAUAACGCAGCCAACGGAAAUAAUAAUGAUGCCUAUCUGUAA